GUUUUUUUAGUCAUUUAUUGGUUUUAGUUUCCCAAAAGUUUAUAGUGAUGGAUAGCGUAGUAAUGAAAAACGAGAAGAAAAAGCAUCGCCGGAGUCCUAAUAGACUCUAAAUUGUGCUGCUGCACCGCCUGUUUCAGUCUUUCCGCCACCGCCAUUUGCGAUAAAUAAGAGAGAAUGAGAUAUGAUUAUCAUAAUAAUGACCCAAAAAAGGGCUGUCUAAACCGAGGCCCAAUAGAUAUUAAGUUGGGUCAUCAUCUAACCCUAAUUACCCGCUCAAACCCGAUCCAUCUUGUUGGCAGCUGCAUUCCGCCUUAGGGUAACGUCUAAAACAAGAAAGUAAAUUACGGAGGGAACGACCGCGACACCAUUUUUCUUAAGCAUAUCAUAUUACACAAUAUAUAGUUGCUACUGCUAAUGCCUAUGCUAGGUCAGCCAUUCUCAUUCCGUUUCCUCUGAUUGAAAUUACAGAGCAGAAUCAUUUCAAUGGCACUUCGUUUCGAGAUUUUAGGGAAGUUUAAUCGUGCUCGUGCAGCUCGACUUACACUGCCUCACCAUGUGUGCCAAACUCCUUUGUUUAUGCCAGUGGGCACCCAAGGGACAAUUAAAGGUUUGACGACUAACCAGCUUGAGGAAAUUGGUUGUCAAAUCAUUCUUGGCAAUACAUAUCAUUUGGAACUCCGUCCUACAUCUGAGUUGAUUGAUGAAUUAGGGGGUCUCCACAAGUUUAUGAACUGGCCCAGAGCUUUGCUUACUGAUUCUGGUGGCUUUCAGAUGGUAUCAUUAUUGCAUUUGGCUGAUAUCACAGAAGAGGGUGUGACAUUUCAGUCACCAAUUGACGGAAAGCCAAUGCUUUUAACACCAGAGGAAUCAAUCCAUAUCCAAAAUAGAAUUGGUGCAGAUAUUAUUAUGGCUCUUGACGAUGUAGUAAAAACCACCAUUACCGGUCCACGGAUUGAGGAGGCCAUGAAUCGUACACUUCGGUGGAUAGAUAGAUGUAUAUCAGCACACAAGAGACCACAUGAGCAGAAUUUAUUUGGUAUUGUUCAAGGUGGUUUGGAUCCUGUCUUGAGGGAUAUAUGUGUCAGAGGCUUGGUGGAUCGCAAUUUACCUGGCUACGCUAUUGGUGGUCUCUCUGGUGGUGAAGAUAAAGAAUCAUUUUGGCGAGUUGUUGCUCAAUGUACUGCUGCAUUGCCUGAAGAUAAACCACGAUAUGUCAUGGGUGUUGGUUAUCCUCUGGAUAUUGUUGUCUGUAGUGCUUUGGGUGCUGAUAUGUAUGAUUGUGUGUAUCCUACUCGUACUGCUCGAUUCGGCACUGCUCUUCUACCAGAGGGAGUACUGAAGCUAAAACACAAAGCAAUGGCUGACGACACACGCCCCAUCGAUCCUACAUGCGAUUGCAUGGUAUGCAAGAACUAUACUAGGGCCUAUAUUCACUGCCUUGUAACAAAAGAUGCUAUGGGAUCACAGCUUCUAUCAUAUCACAAUUUGUAUUACAUGUCCAAGCUUAGUAGAGAUUUACAUUCAUCAAUAGUUGAGGGAAGAUUUCCAGGGUUUGUUUGUGAUUUUCUCGAGAAAAUGUUUCCCAAAGGUGACGUCCCUGAUUGGGUCUGCAAUGCAAUGGAGGUUGCUGGAAUUGAUAUUUCAUCUUGCUGUGCUACUGCUUUGGUCCCAUUGUCUGUACCCAAUUAAGGAGGUUCAAGCGUUGGCUCUUUUAGCUUUUUGUCUGAUUUAGAAAGGUAGGAGGGUACAUUUUUUAAUAUACUAAAUUUAAUAUUGCAAAAAAAAAAAUAGUUUCUUCAUGCAAGAAUCAUGCUGGAAACUUUCUAAUGUUAUCUAAAUGUUGCGAUAAUUAAGACCCUUUUUUGAAUGGAAAAAGUGGGAAAACAAAGUUUUUGUCGAAA